UAUACGUUGGGUUUCCUAAUAUAAGUUGUGAUUUCUUUCCUAAUCCGAGCAUGUAUCGGAAUAUAAUAUUUCCGUGUGCGUUUAUAAUUGAGUGAGUAUAUAUAUAAACUUUGUAAUUAUGAGAAAUCAAAUAUGAGUCAUAAUUAGCGGCGCCUCUACAGACAGAGUGGUAGAGAGAAUAAAGAGUACUUUCCCUGUUGAAAGCAUAUUCUGGGAGUUUGUUUGCAGAUUAAUAAGAUGGCUGAUUGGAGUAUGUUGCCAUCUGAUCUUCUGAGAGAAAUUGCACUGAAAUCGAAUACAAUCAAGGACUUGAUAUAUUUCUCAGCGGUUUGUCAAUCGUGGAAUGAUGUUUUCUCUAAGGUUAAACCUGAUUGGAAUACCAUUAAAUCACUUCCGUGGUUGCUGCUAGCUGAGCCCAAGCCCGAGUCACUGCCGUGGUUGCUGCCCAAGCCCAAACCCAAGCCCGAACCCAAGCGCAAGCCCGAACCCAAGCGCAAGCCCAAACGCAAGCCCAAGCCCAAGCCCUAUAAUGAUAGCACUACUCAACCGAAGUCAGGUCGCAGGAAUAUUUUGAGUAUGGAUGAAAACAAGUGUUAUAAAUUGAUGGUUCCACAGACCUUUGGGAAACAAUGCUGGGGUUCUGAACAUGGAUGGAUUGUCAUGUUUGACGCUGACAAGAAAGCUGAGUUAUUUAAUCCUAUUACUAAAUCUCAACUAAGUCUCCCUUCCCUCCAAACCUUGCCGUCUUACCCAGUUACCCAUGACAAUUACUAUUACUAUGACGAUGACGAUGACUACUACAUCGACAUCGACGACGACGACUAUGUCUAUACUAUUGAUUCUAAGAAAUUAUUCAAUAUGAAAGAGUUGGUGUCCAAGGCCACUGUAUUAAAGAUUCCUAACGUUGAUGAAUUAGUUGUAAUGGUGAUCCAUUAUCCCCAGAACAAUUUAGCAUUCGCUCGGCCCGGAGACAAAUCAUGGACACCGGUACUUACUUCAUGUACCGAUAGAUACUUGAAGGUUUAUUACGUCAUGAGUUGGAAUGAAAGAAUGGUGAUUUUGUAUAGAGAUGGAUCACUUGCUUAUUGUGAAAUUGGUACUUGUAAGCCGGAAACUUUUACUUCUCUUCCAAAAGGUAUGUUGCGAGAAAUAGUAAAUAAACAGCAGGGGGAUGCGUAUGUGGUGGAGUUAGGUGGUGAUUUACUUGUAGUGUUCCGUUACAGACGUUACACAAUAAAGUAUGCUCCUUAUGAGUAUCAUACCACUCAUUUCGAAGUUUAUAAACAUGUUUGGAACACAACAAUGUCUUGGGAGAAAGUUGAUGAUUUGGGUGAUUUUUUGUUAUUUAUUGGUCACAACUUUUCUACGGCUCUUCAUAUAUCAAUGGCUCCUAAUUGUCAAAGGAAUGCGAUAUACUUUGUUGAUGAUGAAACAUAUUCGUGGCGUAUGGAAUACAAACAAGGUCGCGGACAUGAUACGGGUAUGUUUGAUAUGGCAUCUGGACAAGUUAUACCCUUUUACCAAGGCCGUGAUAAAAUUUCCAAGUUAUUUUCUCCUGUAUGGUUUACUCCAAAGUUUUAG